CUUCAUUUGUUUGAAUUCCCUGGUCCUCUCCAGUUCCCCGUCCCAAAUUCCCGGCCGCGAACCAGAAAUUCGGAAUCGCCUCUCGCUCUCUCUCGCUCCUCCGUCUCCAAUGUUCGCCUUCCAAUUCAAUCGUGCGGUCAUUGUCGCUCCCAAGCAAAUGAGACAAACUUGCUGAAAUCCUCCCGUAUCGUCAACCCUCUACUUCGCCCCGACCGCCCUCUGUCCAUUGGGAUCCCCACGCCUGACGUUUUCCUUCCCUUUUUCCUUUCUCAUUCUCUCUCUUGCCCUCUCCCUCUCCCUCUCCUCCGUCUCCUCCUUUUCCCUCUUGUCGAGUCCGGGCGUUUCGCAUUCUCCGUCGGUCUUCUCUCCUCCCCUUCCCAAAUCCGACUGGGACGCCAACACGAGCAUCCCCGGGUUUGCCGACCUGGUGCUUCGAGUCCCCUGUCUCAUCCUCUUUUUCUGUCUAAUUACUCGUCUCGUUUCUUCUCCCUUUUCUCUUUAUUUUUAUAUUUUCUGGCCCGUCAAAAAGAUCGUCCGAAUUGAUUGAUUCUCGGCGGCCUACUGCGAUCCGACUGGAACGGUUGGAGGAAACCCUUCCACCCUCCAAUAAACCCUGUUCCCUCUCUCUCACUCUCUUUCUGUCCUUUUACCUCCCUCUCUUUCUUCUCUCCUCCGCGGCUCGUCCAAACCGAUCGAGGUUCUGGAUCCAUCAUGUCGACACCAUCCACGGCCACUGCGACACACCCUACCACUCAUCACCAGCAACACUACGGAUACCCCCAUCAUCAGACCUACCAACCAAACGUAUCCUAUCCGACCACCUCCGCCGCAGGUUCUCGCCUAGCCUCGUCCGCUUACCCCUACGCCGUAAACCCUUCGACCGCUACUCUUCCCUACGCUCAAUCUCCGAAACUCGCCCCCCCUGCGCCCCCCACACCCACCACGACGACGGUCCCGACGACGACGGCUGCGACGGUAGCGACGAUGCCCCCGACCCAGAAUGGCGUCGCCGCGAGGGCGACUUCCGGACAGAAUGGCCGCAAGAAAAAGCCGGACUGGGGCGAAUUCUAUAAAAAUGGUAUACCCAAAGAAGUCAUUGUCAUUGACGACACGCCUCCGCCGGAGCAGUCAAAGGGCGGCUCUGCUCGCAGUUUUGCGACGACGUCCACCGUGACGGCUCCCAACGGCGCCGCUCAACCACCGCUGCCCGCCGGUAAAAAACGGCGUACGGGGAUGGAGUCUGCCUACGACGUGGCCUACUACGAUCGUCCCUCAUAUUCCAUUAACCCGCAGCGAUACGGGGAAGAUUCUUCGGCCGCCUCGCUGUCAACGGAUCGGACGACGUCCAUGCACACCACCGCGCCUACCUCCCUGUCCCAGGGCAGUUCAGGUGCCGGCAAUGGCAUCUUCUACGAGGAUGCCAACGUGGGUCAGAAGCGAAAGCGAGUCACGACGCGAAAGGCCGUUCGCGAUGAGCAGAAACGAAAGGAGCUGGAGAGCGUUGGCGAUGCGUUCUUGAGCUACGUGCCUCCGCCUAAACCGCCUAUCAAGGCGAAGGACGUGCCUGUACCUGUUGUUCGAGAUUACGCCGGCCGAACCGAGAAGUUUGACGAUGAUGACGGUCACUACAUUGUGAAUCCUAAUACUCCUCUCACAGACCGAUACACGAUUAUCAAACUCCUCGGACAGGGGACGUUUGGAAAGGUGGUAGAAGCAUACGAUAAACACCGCAAGGCUCGCUGCGCGGUCAAGAUCAUUCGUUCGAUUCAGAAAUAUCGGGAUGCAUCUCGCAUCGAACUUCGAGUAUUAUCAACGCUGGCCUCGAACGACAAGCAGAACCGGAACAAGUGUAUCCAUCUGCGUGACUGUUUCGACUACCGCAGUCACAUCUGCAUCGUCACUGACCUGCUGGGGCAGAGUGUCUUUGAUUUCUUAAAAGGCAACGGCUUUGUACCGUUCCCCAGUAGUCAGAUUCAAAACUUUGCCCGUCAGCUGUUUACUAGCGUUGCCUUCCUUCAUGACCUUAACCUCAUCCACACCGACUUGAAACCCGAGAACAUCCUCCUUGUCAACAACGCCUACCAAACCUUUACCUACAACCGGACCAUUCCCUCCUCCUCGCAGGCCAUCUCACGAAGUGCCCGUCAGCGACGGGUCUUGCUGGACAGCGAAAUCCGUCUGAUCGAUUUCGGCUCGGCCACCUUUGACGACGAGUACCACUCUUCGGUCGUGUCCACCCGCCACUACCGAGCCCCAGAGAUCAUCUUGAACUUGGGGUGGAGCUUUCCGUGCGAUAUCUGGAGUAUCGGGUGCAUCCUGGUCGAGUUCUUCACGGGGGAUGCACUUUUCCAGACCCAUGACAACCUGGAGCAUUUAGCGAUGAUGGAAGCUGUCAUUGGGGACCGCAUUGAUACCCGACUGGUGAGACAGGUGAUGCAAGGAGGUCGAAGUGGCAGUCAGAACCAGUCAGCCAAGUACGUAUUAUCUCUGCCAUAGCUCGAACAUUAUCUAACUGAUGCAGAUAUUUUGUCCGUAAUAAACUCGACUAUCCGAAUGACGAAACGACUCGUGCUUCGCGGAAGUAUGUGAAAGCGAUGAAACAGCUGAACGUGAGUUUUUCUCCACAAAGACUUUUUUGUCUUGUUUAAAGAAACUGACACCGGUAGGAGUUUAUCCCCACGAAUAACAAAUUCCACCAACAGUUCCUGGACCUCUUAAAGCAAAUCUUCGUUUACGACCCGAAGGCCCGUAUCACGGCCAAGGAGGCGUUGAAGCACCCUUGGUUCAAGGAAUCUCUCGUGGACGAUGGCACCGAAGCCCUGCGAAUUGGGGAACAGCUGCAACGCAACAACCAACGCCGCUGACCCGAGUUUCAGACUUCGGAUUGUUCACUUGAUGUAUGGAUACAGGUACAGUUACGAUAGAUGGUUCGUCUUGGAUAAUAUGUGCAUCGAGACAACCACACGCACCGCGUGACGACGAUGGGAUUUACAAAAGGUCUCCUUGGACUUUAUGGAGUUGUGGCCCUUUUGGGACUAUGGUGUAUGGGGUUCAGUGCUCAUCCAGGACCUUGCGAAGCUUCACACGGCGGUCCGACCUUGACCCAGGCCAGGAGGAUAAAAGCAUCGGAUGAAAUUUAGGUCAUUGAUGACAGCACAUUAUGUUUAUCUGUUUCAUCGAAUUUUUCGACUUGGGUUGGCCUGAUUUGGGCAUGUGGGAUAUUUUUUAUGGUUUAUACUCAUCACUUAUAUGCUUGUUCUUUUUUUCUUCUCAUCAUGUCGAUGAAUUAUUUUGACCUGCUCGGAUCUAUUCCUUUCUCUGGGGUGGCGCUGGUGAUUUGUUGAUACAGGUUUAUUGCAUACCUACUACCUAGUUAUUUUCUUCUAUAUCCUGUCUUUUAUGGUUUGAGGCCUUGGAGGUGGUUGGGAGGCCCGGAUAGUGCGAAUUUAUAUACCUCUUUGUUCUACGUCACGUAGGUGAUGGACAGAUCUUCUGACUGACUCCACGGACAGUACCCCGUAUAUAGAGUAGUAUACCCCAAUUUCAUGCAUCCUGGUCACUAACA